ACACACUUUACCUGACUUCGGUGAGUUUAGUGCUCGCUUAGACAUCCACCUGUUAUGUGCGUACCUGUACGCAAAUUAUCUCGUGAAAACCCCGCUGAAUAAGACGUACUCUUCGUACACUAGACAACCGGCGUUAACGUACCGUGAGCACAAAUCUAUAAUGGCACCAUCUUGACGUGAACUUAGCGAAUUGAAGACUUGAUGCAACGCCGAUGAAGUAUAGUGGAUAUUUGUAAUUCAUUAUUAUGGAUAAUCUCGAUGACUUGACACUGUACUUUUACAUCGCCUGUGGAAUUGCAGCUGCCAGCUUGUUACUGCUUUUCAUCCUCGUGGGCAUUUUGUUUGUCAAGGUUAAUGGACUUGUCGCUGAUGGAUCCAACCAACUGAGGAGGCAGACGAACAUGAUGGCGGAAUUUUGCUACACGAACCCCACCAUCGUUCCUGGCGAAGAGCUUUCAAGGCGUGGAUUUUCGAUGUACAGUGGCUCGGAACGUAUGAAUGGAGAUAAUCCUGGAGCUAAAAAGGAGUAUGGAGUGUAUCAAGAGGCCCGAUCGAAAUUUUAAUGAAAUCUAGCCAAUAGUUAGAAGUAUGACUAAAUAGGAUCUGCAAGUGUCUUCACUUACGACGUCGCAAGUCAAUAUGGAAUCACUAGUAAUUCCGCAAAUUCGGUACGUGGAGUAAGAACGACGAGAUUCAAAGUCACAACGGAGCAAUAUAUCAUUUUGUAGUAUUUGAUCGUCUACCUUAAACGCUAUAAUUCAUGGAACGACCUUUAAGCGUUUGUAUAUAAGUUUCUUCUCGCAGUACAAUAUCGUUGAUGGAUGUUAAUUAGCAAUUUAUUUUAAGUAUAUAUUAUGUUUAAGAAAUACUACAUAGUGUACCUUACUAGUGUUAUUUAUAAUUGGUAUACUAUCGAACUAAGAAACUAUUAACGUAUGAAAACAUUAAAAGCAUGCCUGAUGGCAGGAAAUAAUAAUUAUAUUUAAAAAAAAAAUAUGCAAUCGUAGAAAGCGACAUUAUCGUGUUGUGGUAAGGAGAAAUCUACAGCGUAGUUUCUGCCGCUACUGUAAGAUGUCGCUAAGGACAUAAUCUGAGAAUUCAAAUCUGUUACAAUUAACGUUAUUUUCGAAAACAAAGAACAGGGAAAAUAGAGAUUUUCACGAAUUUAUUGACAAUAGAUAAUGAGUAAACGGGUUUGGAGAUUUAAAAUUUAAGUUGUUGGCAUUAUAUUUGAAAUUCUUUAGUCAUGGCUAUUUAAUUUAAUUGUCAUUGGAGACUGCUUAGCAAUUUUUUGUAGAUCUAUACGGAGAACACGUCAAAUUAUUAGGAGAACGAAUUGAACGAAAACUUCCUUUGCAUUUGUUAAUACAUUAACCAUUCCUCAGUGAAUCAACCCAGUAACAUAUACCGAUAAUCACAUAUAAAAUAAUUUUGUUAUACAUUGUAAUGUAUGAACGAUACUUAUUGUACGUGAAACUUGAGUAAAAUGUACUGCUAAUAUUUUUAAAUAUUACUACUAGAGUUUACGACUGUUAUAUGGGGAUAGUUAUAAGUUCAUAGACGUGCCUGUACACUGAGCAAAAAAAUCAUUUUUCAGAAAAAAAAAAAGAUUCUUGCGCCGAAUAAUUCUUUAUUGGCUACUAUCAACAAAAUAAGAUCAAAUGAACUUAAAGCAAAUUACAAACAAUACUCAGUUUUCUUAAGAUCAGCUUCAUCAAUUCAGUUUGUUUUAUUAUCGUUACAUUUUUUGUGCACAAUCGUAUUAGAAAGAAAUAUAUUCAUUUCAAAGGAUGAAAGACAUUGAAUUAAUCUUAUAACAAACUAGAAUUUAUUAGAAUUAUCAGCGUGUCUAAUGUUUCUUCUCAAACCUCUGACAGUUACUGGUGAACUGGUUCUUGCAUGAAUUUCAAAUAACAAUUAUUUGCCAUUGAUAAUUUUUUCGUAUCCAGCACUAGAUUAUUUGAGUCCAACACAACAUUCUAUACAAUAUGUUAUAUAAUCAUUAAUAUUCUCAAUAUCUGAGACCAAUUUUGUACAUGAAGUUCUUUUCGCAAAAUCAUCUCCACUUCAUAUUAACUUACCAUCGUUUGGGUUGCAACACUCAUAAUUCUUACAAAUCAACUUUACUGGAGCCAGAAAAGAAAUUUCUUCAGCAAGAAAUAUCGAGAUUACUACAAGUAAUUAAUUUUGUCUAGAAAGCAAAUUUUUCGCUCAGUUUAAGCAUACCUGACGCAAAAUUAACAAACCAUAACAAAAUAAUGUAAUUGUUAUAAGAACAUGUCAAGCUCAUACAUAAAAAUGUCAGUCUACAUCAACUAAAAGUAUAACAAGUAACAUUACUGUGACAAUGUAUAUGUAUUUCUCUCUAGAAAAAUCAUUACUUCGUGUUGGGUUUGUACACUACUUAAGAGUGCGUCAUUUGUCACUUGUUAUCUCGUUCUAAUCAAGUUUCCUCGAGAACUGUAUUUGUGCACAAUCAACCAAAGAUGUCUACGUUAUCAUGAGGUCACCUCGUAAAAUAUAGUCGCAGCGUGUAAUAAUAAAGUGAUAUAAAUCUAAA